AUGCAUUCCAUCCUUACAUGGUCGCAAAUGGCGUAUUUAGAAACCCGGAACUUUAAAUUUGUGGACAAAAAAUCUGCUGUGGUUGUCGUGGACGAGACAUCAGUCUGUUGGGAAAGUAAUGUGCGCUUCUGGUGCCUUGGAAUCACCCUUUAUUGCUUUGUGACAAUUGUGGAUUCGGUGCGCGACCCAGUCCACAUUAUUGUCCCUACAGUCUAUGAUAAUUGUUAUGGCAAAAGGUUUUUGAGGAUCCAAAACUCGUCCAACUAUAAGGCUGAAAUGUCAGACGACAGGGGCUUUGAAUUUCGCCUUACAAAUCGACUUGCUGCACGCAAUAAGAUGAAUAUUGACUUUACCGAUGAGCAUACGACGAGAGUAUAG